AUGGACAUAGACGUGGACAUGGACAUGGACAUGGACAUGGACAUGGACAUGGACGUGGACAUGGACAUGGACAUGGACAUGGACGUGGACGUGGACAUGGACAUGGACGUGGACGUGGACAUGGACAUGGGCGUAGACGUGGACAUGGAGGUGGACGUGGACGUGGACGUGGACAUGGACGUGGACGUGGACAUGGUCGUAGACAUGGACCUGGACGUGGACGUGGAUGUGGACGUAGACAUGGACGUGGACGUGGACGUGGACGUGGACCUGGACAUGGACGUGGACGUGGACGUCGACGUGGACGUGGACGUGGACGUGGUCGUGGACAUGGACCUGGACAUGGAUGUGGACAGGGACGUGGACAUGGUCGUGGACGUGGACGUAGACGUGGACGUGGACGUGGACAUGGUCGUGGACGUGGACGUGGAAGUGGACGUGGUCGUGGUCGUGGUCGUGGACAUGGACGUGGACGCGGACGUGCACGUGGACGUGCACGUCGACGUGGACGUGGUCAUGGACGUGGAACUGGACGUUGACGUGGACGUGGACAUGGACGUGGACCUGGACAUGGACAUAGACGUGGACGUGGACGUGGACGUGGUCGUGUGA